UUAUGUCUAUUCACCUCUGUCAUUCUUUAGUUCAAUGCAAACUCUUACAGGCCCGCAAUGGAAUAUUCUACAUUGUUUGUUCAAGUUCAUGCGUGGAUAGUGUCGACGAGGUUUCAUGUAGAUUUUCCGCUAGAACUGUCGGCAAUAUUGAUGUCGAUGAAUGUGGCAGCAAUCCAUGCAGGAAUGGAGGCACGUGCGUAGAUGGUGUCAACAAGGUUUCGUGUUCUUGUGCUGCUGGAUUUACGGGAGUUGCCUGUGAAAUUGCAGAUGUCAAGGGGUGUGAUGACACUUCUUGUCAGAAUGGUGUCUGCAUGGAGGCGGCUGACGGUUUCACUUGUAAAUGCUCUCCUGGAUACGAAGGUGCUAACUGCGAAACUAAUAUUGACGAAUGUAUUAGUAAUCCAUGCCAGAAUGGGGCCACUUGCAUUGAUGGUAUCAACCAGGUUUCGUGCACAUGCGUUGAAGGCUUCAAUGGAUCUGUCUGUGAAACAAUUGCAUCAAAGACCAAUGGAUGCACCCUUAAUCCAUGCGAAAAUGGUGUGUGCAUUAGCCAAGGUAUGGAUGGUUCCAAGUGUGCAUGUUCUCCAGGUUACGAGGGCGCCAACUGUGAAAUCAAUAUAGAUGAGUGUUCCAGCAAUCCAUGCCAGAAUGAUGCUGAGUGUGUGGACGGUAUCAACAAGGUGUCAUGCAUCUGUGCACCGGGGUUUUGUGGACAGCUUUGCCAAAAUGAACAAGGCCAGGGACCCUCUGAAAACUUGCCUCAGCCACCCAUAUACCCCGCAGGUGCAGGGAAUGUUAUACAAACAUCCUACAUGCAAGUGAACCUUGUCACUGAGUACUGCGUCAAGAAAGUCAUCGUUCACAAACGUGCAAACUGCACCAGUGAGCAUCUGACCGGUGCUGUAGUCCGUGGUGGGACCAGCUCUACCAGUCUGAACAAUGGUGUUUGUGGCACUCCCCUGACCGCCCGGCAAGCUGAAGUUCCCAGAUCUACCGUAGACUUCAUCUGUGACCCUCCCAUGACGGCCAAGUUUGUCACUGUAGACAUUCCACUGUUGAGAGAUACACUGUACCACGACUUAGAACUGUUGCAACGUCUCCUGGAGACAGACAACUCGGAAGACAAGCCGGAUAAAAGAGGUCACAUUUUUGGUCACCUUUAUGGACACAAAUGUAGAUACAAGAUGCUCACGUGCCCAAAACCCUGCGUCCAUGGCACAUGCUAUAAAUCAAGAUAUUGUAGAAGUUGCUCACCUCGUUGCAAAUGUGACAAAGGUUGGGAGGGAGACGAUUGCUCAUUACCCAUUGAUGAGUGUCGUAGCAAUCCUUGCCAGAAUGGUGCAACCUGCGUAGAUCGUGAGGCUGACUAUACCUGUUUGUGUGCGGAAGACUACAUAGGCCGAUCCUGCGAAUAUUGGGUAAACUGUGAGCCGGAAUCGAAUCGCUACAUCUACGACCAGAAAGAAGGCUACAUAACAUCACCGGGAUUCCCUGGACCGUACGGCCGCAUGGACAGGUGUCCAUUCAUCAUUGGGUCUCCAAAUGCCAAGAAGAUCGAAAUCAAAUUUGAUGUCAUUGACUUUGAUUUCGAUUUAGGUUUUCUGGAAUAUGCACCCGGUGGUACUCUGGAUUUUGGUGGAGGAACGAAAAGUGCUCGAGAUGUUUUAAACCAAACCAUUGUUAUAAAUGAUGACAAGGUGUCUAUCUUCUUUCAGUCUAAUGACAACCGACAUCAACUGCCAGGCUUCCGCAUGCAUUACAAAAUCACCUAUGUAAGCUGUGCUGACAAGCCUUGUCAGUAUGGAAUUUGCCGUGACGAAGAGAAGGGUUUCACCUGUGAAUGUCCUGCCGGCUACGAGGGGGAAUUAUGCCAGACAAAUAUCGACGAGUGCGCUAGUAAUCCCUGUAAGGAAAGCUCUACCUGCGUGGAUGGUGAUAAUGGAUUUUCCUGCAAGUGUGCCGAGGAUUUUACUGGGACUCUAUGUGAAACAAAAAUCACACCUUGCUCCAGCAAUCCUUGCCAGAAUGGCACUUGUAAGGACGAACUGAAUGGCUUCAGUUGUGAAUGUUCACCGGGCUACGAGGGUAACUUAUGUGAGACUGACAUUGAUGAAUGUAGCAGCUCUCCGUGUCAGAAUGGUGCCGAGUGUGUAGAUGGUGUCAACAUGUUUACAUGCAACUGCGCUCCAGGAUUCAACGGGGAACUCUGUCAAACAGACAUUGAUGAAUGCAGCAGCAAUCCUUGUCUGAACGGUGUCUGUCAUGAUGAAGUGAAUGGCUUCAGCUGUGAAUGCUCUCCAGGCUAUGCGGGUGACUUAUGUCAGACAGACAUUGAUGAAUGUAGCAGUACUCCAUGUCAGAAUGGUGCCGAGUGUGUAGAUGGUGUCAAUAUGUUUACAUGCAAUUGUGCUCCAGGAUACGAAGGAUCGCUCUGCCAAACAGAUAUUGAUGAAUGUAGCAGCACUCCCUGUCAGAAUGGUGGCGAGUGUGUAGAUGGUGUCCAUAUGUUUACAUGCAACUGUGCUCCAGGAUUCAACGGAUCACUCUGUCAAACAGACAUCGAUGAGUGUAGCAGCAAUCCUUGCCUGAACGGUGUCUGUCAUGAUGAAGUGAAUGGUUUCAACUGUGAAUGCCCUCCAGGCUAUGAGGGGGACUUAUGUCAGACAGACACAGAUGACUGUAGCAGCACUCCGUGUCAGAAUGGUGCCGAGUGUGUAGAUGGUGUCAAUAUGUUUACAUGCAACUGUGCUCCAGGAUUCAAUGGAUCACUCUGUGAAUCUGAUACUGACGAAUGUAGCAGCACCCCGUGUCAGAAUGGUGCGGAGUGUGUAGAUGGUGUCAAUAUGUUUACAUGCAACUGUGCUCCAGGAUUCAACGGAUCACUCUGUCAAACAGACAUCGAUGAGUGUAGCAGCAAUCCUUGCCUGAACGGUGUCUGUCAUGAUAAAGUGAAUGGUUUCAGCUGUGAAUGCUCUCCAGGCUAUGAGGGGGACUUCUGUCAGACAGACACAGAUGACUGUAGCAGCAUUCCGUGUCAGAAUGGUGCCGAGUGUGUAGAUGGUGUCAAUAUGUUUACAUGCAACUGUGCUCCAGGAUUCAACGGAUCACUCUGUGAAUCUGAUACUGAUGAAUGUAGCAGCACUCCCUGUCAGAAUGGUGCGGAGUGUGUAGAUGGUGUCAAUAUGUUUACAUGCAACUGUACUCCAGGAUUCAACGGAUCACUCUGUCAAACAGACAUCCAUGAGUGUAGCAGCAAUCCUUGCCUGAACGGUGUCUGUCAUGAUGAAGUGAAUGGUUUCAGCUGUGAAUGCUCUUCAGGCUAUGAGGGGGACUUAUGUCAGACAGAUACUGAUGAAUGUAGCAGCACUCCAUGUCAGAAUGGUGCCGAGUGUGUAGAUGGUGUCAAUAUGUUUACAUGCAACUGUGCUCCAGGAUUCAACGGAUCACUCUGUCAAACAAACAUUGAUGAGUGCGGUAGCAAUCCUUGCCUGAAUGGUGUCUGUCAGGAUGAAGUGAAUGGUUUCAGCUGUGAAUGUUUUCCGGGCUAUGAGGGGGACUUAUGUCAGACAGAUACUGAUGAAUGUAGCAGCACUCCGUGUCAGAAUGGUGCGGAGUGUGCAGAUGGUGUCAACAUGUUUACAUGCAACUGUGCUACAGGAUUCAACGGAUCACUCUGUCAAACAGAUGUGGAUGAAUGUAAUAGCGAUCCUUGCAUGAACGGUGCUACGUGCGUUGAUGGUGUCAACGAGGUUUUGUGUUCCUGUGCUGCGGGAUUUACAGGAGUGGUCUGCGAGAUUGCCAUUGAUGAAUGCAGCAGCAAUCCUUGCCUGAACGGUGUCUGUCAUGAUGAAGUGAAUGGUUUCAGCUGUGAAUGCUCUCCAGGCUAUGAGGGGGACUUAUGUCAGACCAACAGCGAUGAAUGCCGCAGUACUCCUUGUCAGAAUAAAGGUGUCUGCAUUGACAAAGUAGACGCAUUUAGCUGUGAAUGUUCGCCAGGCUUCAAUGGUACCCUGUGCGAAACAAAUAUCGAUGAGUGCAACAGCAAUCCUUGCAUGAACGGUGCUACGUGCGUUGAUGGUGUCGAUGAGGUCUUGUGUUCUUGUGCUGCAGGAUUUACCGGCGCUGUCUGCGAGACAGAUAUCAAUGAGUGCGACAGCAGUCCCUGUCAGAAUGGUGUCUGUAUUGAGGGUGUCGACAGUUUCACUUGUGAAUGCUCUCCAGGUUACGAGGGUGCCAACUGCGAAAAAAAUAUUGACGAGUGUGUCAGUAAUCCAUGUCAGAAUGGUGCUACGUGCGUUGAUGGCAUCAGCGAGGUUUCUUGUACGUGUGCUCCAUACUUUACUGGAUCUGUCUGCGAGACUGCGACAAAUCAGCCUCAACCUGCGACUACAGUCGAUGCGUGUAACAGCAAUCCUUGUCAGAAUGGCGUCUGUCGAAGCGAAGUAGGUAGUUUCAGCUGUGAGUGCUCGGAAGGCUUUGAAGGUGACCUUUGCGACACUGCAACAAAUCAACCUCAACCUACAAUUGCAAUCAAUGCAUGUGACAGCAAUCCUUGUCAGAAUGGCGUCUGUCGAAGCGAAGGGGGUAGUUUUAGCUGUGAGUGCUCGGAAGGCUUUGAAGGUGACCUUUGCAACACUGCUGUUACAAGGAUCGAUGGAUGCACCACUAAUCCGUGCAAGAAUGGCAUCUGCAUUAGCCAAAGUUCCGAUGAGUUCAAAUGCAUUUGUUCCAAAGGCUUCGAAGGCAGUUUAUGUGAAAUCAAUAUUGAUGAGUGUGACAGCUCUCCAUGUCAAAAUGGUGCUGAUUGUGUGGAUGGUAUCGACAAGGUUUAUUGUGUGUGUACGGUGGGCUUCACCGGACACCUGUGUGAAACUAAGCAACCCAACGGAUUAAUAUCUCCUGAAGGGCCUGAAGUGGACACACAAACAAUUUACACGCUAGUGAAUCUGGUCAGUGAAUACUGCGUCAAGAAAGUCGUCGUUCAUAAGCGUGGUGAUUGCACCAGUGAGCAUCUGACCGGUGCUGUAGUCCGUGGUGGGACCAGCUCUACCAGUCUAAACAACGGAGUGUGCGGCACUCCCCUGACCGCCCAGCAAGCUGAAGUUCCCAGAUCUACCGUAGGCUUCGUCUGUGACCCUCCCAUGACGGCCAAGUUUGUCACCGUUGAUAUCCCACUGUUGAGAGUCAGUCAAAAACCGCCAUGUGAAGUGACAAUCGAGCAGGCAACGCCUGGACCUUGCUAGAAUUUAGUCUGAUAAAUGUGAACGUUAAAGGACCAUUUUGAAUGCUUACUAAUCUACAACAGAAUUUUUUA